AUGAGCGCCGAGGUGGCUCACCAAGGCGGGUUCGAAGCUGACGCCACCGCAGGCGGCGCCGCACCAGCACCCACAUCCUCGGGCGAGGCGGCGCAGCGCCUGCAGCAGCAGGCGGGAGCUUGGGUAGGGGGAUUCCUUGAGGACGUCCAGGAGCUGGGCGAAGGCAUGGCCCCAUUGCCGCCGGAGCUGCCGCACGAGGCAGGCAGCGGUGGGCAGGAUGCUGGCGUCCUGGCGCGGCCUCUGCGGGGAAAGGCCCAAGCCUCUCAGCAUGACGCAGAGUCGUAUGCAGAGGCGGCUGUCGCGGCCGCUCGGCGGCGCACAGGGGCUGCUGACGUGGCCAGUGCUGCUGGUGCUGCAGACGGGGGGCAGAGCGGUGCACCCCCUUCUGGGCAGCAUGCAGCGGUAGCAGAGGCGGAGCAGGAGCAGGAGCAGCCCGCAGCGUGCACCGCGGCAGUACUGCUGCCAACACCAGACAUGCCGCUGGCCGAGGCGUUAGCGCCCCACAGCGCAGCGGCAGCUGACCAGCCGCUUCUGGAGGCUGGCCGUGCUGCAUCGGAGCAGGAGGCGGCCGCUGUGGAGGCAGUACCAGCGCAGCCGGCUGUGCCUGGUGCGGAGCAUGAGGUGGAGGAUGUGACAGCGGCAGCGCAGCAGCAGCAGUACGACACGCUGUUGGGCAUGUCGGGGGCGGCACAGCAGCAGCUGGUGCCGGGCGUGUAUGACCCGGCAGUGGCGCAGCAGCAGGCCUUUGACGCACUCGUCAUCGGGCCCCUGCGGACUGCCCAGGCGGCGGGAGGGACGGGUGGGGCGGUAGCGCCCGGCGCGACGGGCGCAGCCGGCACCACCUACACUUUUGAGGCCUCGGGAUCAGGCCCUGCCGGACGGCCGCCUUCGCAGCAGGCUGCAGCCAGCGGGGGUCGGGGCAGGCCGGGCAGGCCGGCCUCUCAGCUGGCUGGCGCCUCCAACGAUGCUGUGGCAUCAGGAAUGGCAUCAGCGCUGGAGCAAGCGCAGCAGGAGGUAGAAGAUCAGCAUCCGGAACAAGGCGUGACAGAGGGCCAUGCGCUGCCUGUUGUGGGCGUGCCAGCAACCGCAGCCGGCGAGCCGGUGGAGCAAUCGGUGCAGGCGCCGAAGCAUGGCGGCACCAAGUUCAGGGUGCGCGUCCCCAGCAACGCCAGGCUGGGCGCUGCUGCCGCACCGCCUGCCGCGCCACACGGCAGCCGCGGCGUCAGCGAGGCGCCUCCCGGCAGCGGCAAGUACAAGGUCCAGGCGCGCGAUGUCCGCAUCGCCGGCUACCAGUCUGAGGCUCUGGCUGCCGCCGCUCAUGACCACGCCCGUAUCUGGUGGGCGCUGCGGCAGCAGCAGCCGGAGGGGCCAGGCACAGCAGCACAGGCAGCCUCGCAGGAUCAGGUGCAGGCGGCAGUGCUGGGGCUGCAGGGCGAGCUCAACUUCCCGCCAGUUAAGUUCAGCAGCGAUGCGGCUCUGCUGGCCUUGCUGAGCGGUGCCACCAGGCAGCAGCUGGAGGAGCAACUGCAGCCGUUCCGGCUGCAGCAGUGGGAGGCGGCUGCCCGCUCAGCAGGCCAGCAGCAGCUGCAGGCAGGAGUGGGCUCUGCUGCGGCCUUGAACCAGGACAACACAACACGGUUUGUGGGCGUGCUUCGCAUCACUGGCAGCGUCAAGCUUCAGGCCGCCAUCACAGUGGACGGCACCCGCGAGCACCUGGGAGCGUUUGACACGCCGGUGGAGGCUGCGGUGGUGCGUGACAUCGGCAUCAUCUGGAAGCAGCUGCACGGCCUGGCGGGCGAUGCCAUGCUCAACCUGCCCCACAGCAACCUGGACAAGGAUGCGGAGCUGGUGCAGGAGCUCCGCGAUGCUGCCAACCCAAACGCGCUGCGAGCGGUGCUCGUCCGCUGGGUGCCCAAAAGACUGCAGGAUGUGGUCGCGUCCCUCCCGGGCGCCGAGGCGGGCAGCCAGCGUGCCGCAGGAACCACCCUGGCACGCGUGGGGAGUGGUGCGGUCCACGGCUCAGAGCUGCCAGCCUCGCCGCCUCCCUCGGCAGCUGGCGCAGCCCAGGGACCACCAGCUGCUGAGGAUGUGGGGCAGCCAGGUGCAGCGCAUGGCGCAGGUGCCCUUGCUUGCAAUGGCACCAGUGCUGGUGGCGGCAGCAGCGGCAACAGCCAGCAGACCUCCCAGCAGCAGGCUGGAGAUGGGCCCGAGGGAGGUGGGGGCAGCUCGGCAGGGGAGGGCAGCGAGGAUCGCAAUGAGGAGGGCGAUGGUGAUGAGGAGGAGCAGCCUGGUGACAGCAGUGAUGUCUCGGGCAGCCAGCUGUGCAGCCACUGUGGUGACGACCAGUGCACGGGCUACCAGCGGCACCCGUCGAGCGGCAAGCUGCUGUGCGCCAACUGCUUCUCCUACCUCCAACGCACGGGACUCGACCGGCCAGCCGACGUGAUUCAGGCAUACUUUGCUAACCGCGCAGCAGGCAUGCACGCACGGACUGGCCGCGGCAACGGGCACGGCUCUGGCCGUGGCAGCGGCCGCGACAACAGCAGCAGCAGACGUGCUGCAGCAGGGCUGGAUGUUGUGAGGGGCCCUGGCGGGAGCAAUAGGCAGGCUGCAGCUGGCCGCGCCAGGCAGGCGGCAGCUAGGCAUCCCGAGGAUACGGUGUUGUCGUCGGACGAGGGCGCUGCCGCAGCAGAUGAUGAGAGCUCAGAGGAGGAGUCUGACCUGAAGGAGCGCAGGCUGCGCCGCCAGGCCCAGCGCCACCUUGACGUUCAGCUGCAGCUUCGGCGCCAGCCAAUUGCUGCCUCUGCCCAGGGGCGUGUGCUGCCCAGGCGGCGCAAUGCUGCUGCGGGCGUGGCAGCUGCUGUGGCUGCGGCAGGAGCAUCAUCGAGCGAGGAAGAUGAGGGGCGGCCAGCAACGAGCUCCGACUAUGAGCAGCAGGAGGCGAGCGAGUCAGAGGAGGAGUUUGCAGAGUCGGAGGCGGAGCCGGUGCAGCAGCAGCAGCAUGCAGCGGCAUCUGCGGGCGGAGACGGCGCUUCAGCCUUCGAGUGGGAGGAUGCGGGACACUCACGCAUGCUGAAGACCAUCAAUGUUGCCGAGGCGGAAGCCAGGGCCUUCAUCUUCCCAGAAAGCACGUGGGACGACCUGGCUGGCGGCAGCAACCGCGAGGUGCUGGUGCGCCAUGCCUACAGCGGCGAGGAGUGGCGCGGCUACCUGUCUGGCACAACCCUACGGUUGCCAGGCUUGUUCGGGAAGCUCGAGCUGUCCGCUGGCAGCCGCCUGCAGCUGAGGGUCGCGGCUCCCAAGCGGGAACUGCCCCUGGUGGAGUGCACGCUGCUGAUGCCCGAGGCGGUGGCUGCCAUCGGGCGCAAGUGCCCCGUGUGUGGCACCACAAGCUCCACGCAGUGGCGCAAGCCCCCAGGAGAAGCAGGCCACAUUUUGUGCGACGAUUGCGGCAAGCGUGUCUGGCAGCAGCGUGCCGAGAGCCUGCAACAGCAGCAGCAGCAGCCGCUGCAGCCGCAGCAGCAGCCGCUGCACGAGCAGCCACGAGACCAGCCAGCAGUAGGCACGGCUGCUGUGAGGCAGUGCACCCACUGCGGUUUUCUACAGCCUGGCCCUGCUGGCCGCCAGUAUUACUGGCGGCGGCAUCCCACCACUCGCGAACAGCUGUGCGCGCCCUGCGGCCGCUAUGCCGACAAACACGGCGGCGAGCUGCCGGAGCUGCUGGAGGAGGAGGAGCAGGAGGACAGCGAGGAGCAGCAGGAUGAGGACAGCGAGGAGGACGAGGAGGAACAUCCUCAGCGGCAGCCCCCGCAGCGCCAGUGCCUGCAGUGCGGCAGCACCAGCAAAGGCAGCGCCAAGUGGGCCGGCUGGCACCGCCACCCCGCCUCCGGGGAGGAGUGGCUGUGCCAUCCUUGCUACAGAAAGGUGCAUAACGCCAUCAAGCGGCAGCAGCGGCAGGCAGAGAAGCAGGCUCAGCAGGAGGUGGAGAGCGAGGUGGAGCCAGAUGAGGAGGAGCAGAGUGAGGAGGAGGAGGAGGAGGCAGCUAUUGCAGCUGCUGUGAAGCAGUGCACCCACUGCGGCUCGCUGCGGCCUGGCCCCCCCGGCACCAAGUACUCGUGGAGGCGGCACCCCACCAGCAAGGAGCAGCUGUGUGGCCGGUGCUGGGGCCACGCCCACCGGCAUGGCGGCGAGCUGCCAGCGCUGUCAGAUGCGGAGGGGGAACAGGAGCAGAGCGAGGAGGAGGAGGAGGAGCAGCCGCCACAGCAGCCCCAGGAGCGCCAGUGCCUGCAGUGUGCCAGCCCCACCAAAGGCAGCGGCAGGUGGGCAACCUGGCACCGCCACCCCGCCACUGGGGAGGAGUGGCUGUGCCAGCCCUGCUUUAACAAGGCGCGUGCAGCCAUCAAGCGGCAGCAGCGGCAGCCGGAGAAGCACCCGCAGGAGGUGGAGAGCGAGGAAGAGGAGGCGCAGAGCGAGGAGGAGGAGGAGGAGGAGCAGCUGCAGCAGCAGCCCCCGCAGCGCCAGUGCCUGCAGUGCGGCAGCACCAGCAAAGGCAGCAGCAAAUCGGCAGGCUGGCACCGCCACCCUGCCACCGGGGAGGAGUGGCUGUGCCAGCCCUGCUUUAACAAGGCGCGCACAGCUGCCAUGCGGCAGCAGCGGCAGCCGGAGAAGCACCCGCAGGAGGUGGAGAGCGAGGAAGAGGAGGCGCAGAGCGAGGAGGAGGAGGAGGAGGAGCAGCUGCAGCAGCAGCCGCAGCAGCGCCAGUGCCUGCAGUGCGGCAGCACCAGCAAAGGCAGCACCAAAUCGGCAGGCUGGCAUCGCCACCCCGCCACCGGGGAGGAGUGGCUGUGCCAUCCUUGCUACAGAAAGGUGCACAACGCCAUCAAGCGGCAGCAGCGGCAGGCAGAGAAGCAGGCUCAGCAGGAGGAGAAGAGCGAGGUGGAGCCAGAGGGGGAGGAGCAGAGCGAGGAGGAGGAGGCAGCAGUCGCAGCCGCUGUGAAGCAGUGCACCCACUGCGGCUCGCUGCGACCUGGGCCGCCCGGCACAUCGUACUCCUGGCGGUGGCACCCCACCAGCAAGGAGCAGCUGUGUGGCCCUUGCUGCGGCUACAGCGACCGGCAUGGCGGCGAGCUGCCUGUGGUUGCCUGGAAGGAGGCUGCAGCAGCCGCAACCAAUCAGCCGAAGAAGAAGCAGCAGGGCAAGCGGAAGCAGCAUGGUCGGCAGCCGCCAGCCGCUCCUGCAGUGGAUGAGGAGCCGCCUGUGUCACCCAGGCAGCACAAGCAGCAGCGUGUGGCUGAUGCAGCAACAGCUGUUGGUGCCGAGGGACAGUCGGAUGCGGGCGCUGCCGGAGAGCAGCGGCUGUGCAGCCACUGCGGCGCUGACCACGCCGGCCCCACGCCAACCUACCCCUGGCGCAAGCACGCGACCACUGGCGCUCGGCUGUGCAAGGAUUGCUGGGACUUUUCGCGCAAGCACUAUGGCUUCCUGCCGGAGUUGCCGCAGCCAGCUGAGCCCCCGCAGCCCUCGCAGCCUGAGGGGCAGGAAGAGCAGCCAGCAGCAGGCAAGGGCAGGCAGCGCAGCGGCACAAGGUGGGCCAGCGGCCAGGAGCAGGGAGAUGCUGCUGCGGGCGAUGCGGAAGCACUGCAGGCACCUGUGCUGCUGUCUUUGCCAGGCCGACGUGUGACGCGACAUCAGCAGCACCAGCAGGAGGAGCAGCAGCAUGGGGCAGUAGAGGUGGAGGCGCAGGCAGCGACUGCGGCCGGGCAGGCCAGCAGGCGCAGGCGCCGAUUGUCGGAAGUAGAGGGCGAGGCUGCCGCGGAGGAGCAGCAGCAGCCACCUUCUGCCAGCGAGCACAAGCGUGGGCGCCGCCAGCUGGUGCAGGCAGAGCAGGAGCAGACUGCCCUGCUUGGCAGCAUGCACAAACGUGGGCGCCGCCAGCAGGAGGAGCAGGCCGAGGACACCGCGGAAGCUGAGGCUGGCGAGAAGCAGAAGGAGCAGGCUGCUGAGCCAGCGGCCAAGCGGCGGCGCGGCAAGCAGCAGGAGGUCCCCGAGCCGCCAGCAGCUGCAGUGGCCGCUGCGCCUGCCGAGCCAGUUGGGGCGUCCCAGGCUUCUGACAGCGCUGGUGCAACUGGCCGUGGCGGUGGCGAGUGCCGCUGGGUGAAUGCCGACAGUACAGCCUUGGAGGUGGAAGUGAAUGGGACAUGCAUCCUCAGCGAGACCCUGGUGCUGCCUGCCGCCAUGGCCGCCAAGCUGACGGGACUGCAGGCUGGUGGCCAUCUGCGCCUGCGAGAUGCCAGAACCGCCAACAACAGGACUGCAUGGAAUGCCAGCCUAAGUGAUGGGAGGAUCGAGGGCAAAAAGCUGUUUUCGAAGCUGGAUGUGCAGGAGGGCGACCGCCUGCUGCUGCACCGCCAGGCGCCUGCCGCCGCGGCACGUGCCCCGGGUGGCAGGCCGCCGCUGCUGGUGGCUGCCAAGGUGGCGCGGGAGGGGCCUGGGGAGCAGGCGCUGCAGCAAGCGCUGGCCAUGGCUGCUGCGGCGGCAGGGGUCAGCGCUCCUGCAGCAGUGCCGGGCAGCGGGGGGGAAGGCGCCGAACCGGCGGAUGGAGCCGGUGCGGGCGCUCCAGCUGCACAGCAGGAGCAGCCUCCACCGCAGGAUGUGGCACCUGCAGCAGCCGCGGCGGAGGCAGCCAUGGAUGCUGAUGAGGCGAGGCAGGAGCAGGAGCCAGGAGCAGCUGCGGCGGAAGCCCAGCAGCAGGCGGGAGAGGCGGAGCCGGCGGCAGCUGCAGUCGCAGCGGUGCAGCCUGCCCCAGCUGAGGGUGCGGGUCCCAGGCCUGAGCUGGAGGGAAGCAUGGCAGGCAGCGGCGGCGGGCAGCAGGAGCAGGCCCAGCACCCAGGCGUCGCCUUGCGCAUGUUCAAGCAGGCAAGAGAGGAGCCUGCAAGGUCGUCUGCGCCACGCGGCGCCGGCGGUAAUGCGGCAGCCGGGCAGCGCGGGCCGGCAGCCGGCGGGCCGCCCCCAGCAGAGCCAGCAGGCGAGCCGCCAGCGGCAGCAGCGGCGCCAGCCGAGCCGCCGCCUGCGGCUGCAGGCGCGCCGCCCGCGGUCGGCGUGGCCGCGCCAGGCGGCAGCCCCGCGUCUGGUGCCUCCAAGGAGGCCAACGAUGUGCUGGAGCGCCUGAUCCUGGUGCUGGGCAGCGACGCGGCGGCGCGCCAGGCGGGCCUGACCAUCGACCUCAUCACCGACCACCAGGCCCAGUUUGAGAGGAUGGACUUGAAGCAGCAGCACGACAGGGCCAAGCCCCUGACCAUGCUGCUGGAGAUGAGGAUGUUUGCAGAGGCAGUGAGGUUCAUGGAGAAGUUGGUCGCAAACAACAACCUUUCGGCGUGA